AUUUUAUGAUAAUAUUGAAUUAUUUUAUGGCGAUAUUAACAAAAAAUUAAUAUUUCAAAGUAAAACAUUAUUAAUUGUAUCUGGAUUAUUUGCUGAAAUUAUUUUAAAAGAUGACAUUCGUGAGAAAAUAUCAUCUAUUAUUAUAUUUUGUCAUCAUAUAGAUAAAUAUAAAAAAUAUUCCAACUCCAUUAAAGUUAUUGAUAUUUGUACUGAUUAUAAUUUAUUAAAAAUUUCAAUUGAACGUGUUUUACCAUCAUUAAAAUUUAAUUUAUUUGAAAAUCGUUCUUUAAAUACAAUAUGUUCCUUAACAACAACAUCAUAUAAUAAUACAGCGACACUUUUUUCAUAUAUUUUAUUUGUUGAAAUAUUAAAACAAGUUCCUCAAAAUGACCAAGCAAAAGAUUUCAUGUUGAAUAAAAUAAAAGAUUAUUAUCAACAUGAUAAAAGCGAACUUAAAAAGAUCGAAUUAUUUCGUAAAGAAUAUUCUUCGUCAAAAGCAAUUGAAUGGUAUACUAAAGAUUCAUUUGUUUAUAGACUUAUCAAUAAAGCAUUUAGAACGGACGACACAUCAAUGUGGUAUAUUUUUAGAUUUUUUAUAAGUGAUUUAUGUAAACAAAUCGAACAAGUUCAUGAAGAACAAAAUCUUAAAGAGUUUUAUACACUUUAUCGUGGUCAAUCACAUCUACCAAAACAAGAACUUGAUAAUAUUAAAGCAAAUAUUGGUGGUCUUAUAUCAAGUAAUGGAUUCUUUUCAACAUCAAAAUCAUUUUUUACCGCUUCCAGCUUUGUUCAAGGUGUGAAAGAUACAGAAAAUUCUCGUGCUGUCAUUUUUCAAGUAACAGUUGAUUCAGUUAAUUUAAAAAAUACAAUUUUCGUUGAUGUUGAUCAACAUUUGGGACCAGAUUACGAACAUGAAAUACUUUUUAAUAUUGGAACUGUUUUUAAAAUUGAAAGUAUUGAACAAGAAGAAGAUUUUUGGAGGAUUAAAAUGUCUGCAACUGACGAAGGGACAACAGAAAUCAAACAAAGAAUUAAUUUAAUCAAAAAUAAAUUUCAAAAAAUGAAUAUUAAUCUUUUAUUUGGAAAACUAUUGAUUGAUAUGCAUCAAUAUGAUAAAGCUGAAGUAUAUUUUAACAUGAUGUUGCAAGUAUUAUCUGAACAACACCCAGAUUUACCAUCUAUUUAUGAUCAUAUUGGCAAUCUCAAAAUGCACACCAACAAUUAUUAUGGAGCAUUUCACAAUUUCAACGUAUCAUAUCGUCUUAAAUGCAAAACAUUAUCAUCUGAACAUUCAGAUAUGAGUAUUACAUUUAAUCAUCUUGGAAAUUAUUAUAAAGCGAUUGGAAAUAUGACUAAAGCACAUUACUAUUAUAAGGAAGCAUUAAAAUAUAAAAAUAAUUCAAUUAAUUUUGCGAUAACUAAAUUAAAUAUUGCUAUUAUUUAUAUGGAAAAGCAACAUUAUUAUAAAGCUCGAAAUAGGUGUUUAGAUGCACGGGAAAUCCUUCAACAAGUGCAACCAUCCCCUUAUGGAGAAAUCCUUGUGUGUCAAGGUUUAUUAGGAGAUAUUCUAUUUAAACAACAUAAAUAUAAUGAAGCAAAAGAUUUUUAUUUAACCGCAUUUGAAAUGGGAAAGAAAUAUUUAUCUAUUGGUGAUCCUCGAUUAAUACAUUGUAUUUGUGCACUCGCUGAUUUAUACGAAAAAAAAAUUGAUCAAACAAAUGCAAUUGAGUUUUGUCUUGAACAACUAUAUAAUCAUGAAAAAUAUUUAUUCAAUUCGAAUCAUAUUAGUAUCGCACAUAUUCAAAUGAAGAUUGGUCAUUUAUCAGACGAUAUUAAUUGGUAUAAAAGAGCAAUUAUUAUUUUAAAAAAUAAUAUUCACCUAGAUUAUGUAACAACCGCUAAUUGUUUUAUUAAACUAGCUCAAUAUUCUCAAGAUGAUCGAGCUUUAUUACUUUAUAUCGAAGCAAUUCAAAUACAAAAAAGGAUUUAUCCACCAAAUCAUUCAUUGAUUAUUACAACUCAAAAACAAUUAAGUAAAUUAAACAAACUAAAGAUACUCCCUACAAAUUUAUCAAUUGAAAAAAUUCUUCAACAGUUCCAAACAAACAAUGAUGAACUUCAACAACCAGUUCAGCCCGAAAUCGGUAUGGAGACACCAUUUAUUAUUCAUCAAUUAGAUUCCGAUGAUGAUCAGACAAACAUUGAUGUAGAAUCUUUUAGAGAAGACUCUAGAGGUUGUAGAAAUAAUCAACAAGAGGUACAAUUGCCAGACGAUAUGAAACACAAAUCAUCUAUUUGUAUUCGAUCUACAGAAAGCAUUGAAGGACAUGAAAAUCAUCUAUCACAUAUCUCAACUUCUUCAAUGGAUUCAAAUCAACACUUGAAUACUAAUAUUAAAAUAACAGAUGAUUAUUAUCAACUCAAGAUAGAGAAUUUACGCUUAAAAUAUCAAAUAGAAUUAAUGAAAAUAAAAGACGAACAAAUAUUUAUUCCAAUAGAUAAUAAAAAAUAA